AUGGACACCACACCACCUUUGGCGGCCUCUCCAAUGACGGAGGAUGUGCUACAGCAAAUUUUCUCGUCCGACCAAGACAUGUAUCCGGCUCCUCUGACCUACGCGCGUCUGCAGAGUUGGGUCACUGCUAGCCCCCAGCUGUCGCAAAGCUUUUACUUGUUGGACCAACCUGGAAGCAAAGAGAAUCGCAAGAGAGACGUAGUUGCAGGCGUCCUCAUUGCUCUUCCCUUGCGAGAAGCGCCGUGGCAGGAUUUGCUGGUGGGUAAGCUGCGAGAGACGGACAUUGAUGCCAACAGUAUGAUUGCGCCCAAAGAUGUUGCAGGUUGUGCGGUUGGCCUGCACGUAUUCCAUGUGGAAAGACUCAGCGAACACGCCAAGGGAUUCACCAGAUUCUCUAUUGGUUAUGCAGACAUGGUUGCGAAAGCGAUAGGGUGGAAUGUAUUGGGAUGUUCUGCCUUGACAGCGACAAAAGAUGGAGCAAACACCUUUGAGAAAUUAGGGUUCCAGCCCACAGGCUAUGAGGAAUUCUGGAUUCAGAAAAGUGAUGAAAUAUCACUGGUUCCGCUGUAUCCCGGUCACGACAGAUCAAGUGUACUUGCAGAACAAGACAAGAGCUCGAUCAAGGGCCAAGCACGCAUGUCUGUCAAGUUUGCAGAGCAAGGAAUAACAAACCCUUGA